AUGAAGCGUGUAGUCGCGCAAGUGGCUGCGCUCGAAGCGGCGCUGAAGGAAAUAGCAUUUGGAGAUGAGAUACUUCCUGAGAUCAAUGUGAUAUGUUGGAGAACAGCUGACCAGGACGCUUUAUCAAGCACCAUCUGCACCGGCUAUUUGUCGAGCACAUGUGACUGGCAUCGCCCCACUUCCUCACUCAAUUCAAAUCAGCAGGGAUCAAACUGCGAACCACCUCACAAUCCAAGAAGUUCGAAAAUUCCAUCAGCCUACGUACGUGUUGUAUUCCAUUGCGUUUCCGACAGAUCUGCGAUAGACCUCUGUGCUGAGGGACCCACGCUUAACUCUUCUUUCGCGCUGGAAACCAACUCGUACGUAGUUCCGUCUUCGAAUACGAAACGACAGCUAAUCGCUAUGUACAACGAAUUAUUAGGAUGGAUCCACAGAGGAUUUUUGGGGACAAUUCAAUCGACAAUACCCACAGCACCCUGCAAGAUUCCAAUCCAAGGUUAUGCAGAAUUUCCAGCACAGAAGGAACCACCCAGAAGAAUCGCGUCACUCACUACGUCAACACGACCAACUCCACGAGUGCGAGGACCUCUGCUAUCCUUAGCCAUGAUAUCGCUUACCUUCACUGCUUCGGUAACUACUGGUGUUAUGGCAGCUGUACGUGUGGCUGGUUACGUUGAACAACGUUGCAUCAUUGAUGAACCGGAUACAUGA